AUGGCUUUCGUCCCGGAGGCACCUGCAGCGAGGAAGCUCCUGCUACGGAGCGGCGGAGCCAUGACGCGGUCCCUGCGCGACGCCGGCCUCGGCUUCGACCUCGACGGUGCCGGGCGCUUUCUCGCCCCCCUGUGGCAGCUCAUCAAGCAGAAGGCCACCGAGCUCGCGGCCUUCCUCGCCGGCCUCCUCGCCGCGCUCGCCAAGAAGGCCGACGAGCUCUUCCCGCCGGAGACCCGCUCGGAGACGCUCGCGCAGUGGGUGCGCAUCGGCGUCACCGUUGUGCUCCCGGCCGCGCUCGGCGCCCUUGUGCUGUUCUGGCUCGCCCGGUGCUGCUGCCGCUGCUGCUGCGGCCGCCGCCGCGGCGGGCGAACGAUGGUAGCUCCCGGCCGCCACGGCGCGCGCAUGCCGCGCUACGCGUUCGAGGAUGAUCCCCGGACGUACUUCCGCGACCUCCGUGCAAAGAAGCCCCUCGUAUACUAG